AUGGAUGACGAAAAAUUAAUUGAAUUCAUCCGUAAAUAUGAGUUUUUAUAUAAUCUACAACACCCGAAAUAUAUGGAUACUGCGAAAAAGGAAAUGGCUUGGAAGGAAAUUUCGGAAGAACUGAAACAAUCAGCUGCAGCUUGUAAACAAAGAUGGCAAGGGCUAAGAGAUGCAUAUAAAAGAGCAAUAAAUAAGAAAAAAGGCAAAAGUGAACAGGCAGCCAAGAAAAUUAAGAAAUGGAAAUAUGAGGAUGAGAUGUCUUUUGUGGGUUCAUUUUUGGUCGCAAAAAAAACUUUAGAUAGCGUUGACUUUUCGAGUGACGAUGAAGAGUCUCAAGAAGAGGUUACUGAAGUCCAGAACUUUAACUCCGGCAAUAAGAUCAACAGUACCGACGCUGUGGAUGUGGCUGCUCCUCACGAUACUGAAAUUCGGAGUGAAAACGACAGUAUUGUUCAUAAUAUAUCGUCACAACCACAACCAGAGUGA